AUGGUUGUAUCACCGCGCAGCGAGUCCCAGCCAAAUACCAGAUCUAACGAGAAUGGUGCGCCGUAUACGAGGGUCGUGAACAAGAUAAGCACUGUGGCACAGGCAUACGGGGAGGAGUUCGGUGCGCGACCCCGCUGGUGGACGCCGGCGCGCCGGCAUCAACUAAGAGAACAAGGGGGUCUUGUCACCCUCGCUUAUUCAAAUUUAACGAAAUGUCAAGGUGGUCGUUUCAAGCUUGGAGCUCGGGUCGUGGAUAUGAGUGAGCAUGCGAGGGUGGCCAGCUAA